AUGUCGGGCUUUCAGAUUCCCGGACUGGGCCAAGCAAAGGCAAAUGAAGUGCUGCCGCCUCUUCCAGCCGAUCUCGCAAUUGCCGCCGCAAGCGCUGCAGAAGAAGACAGCGAGAUGCUUGGCGCAAACCCAUCCACACUCGAACCAGCAUCGUCAGCUACAGAACACCACAGCGAAGCUACCAAAGCCACCAGCUCUGACCCAGAUGCCAUGACAAUUGACAAACCCGAAAGCCCGCCUUCCUUGACACACGCCCUCGAAGCAGCCCUUGGCGGCCUAGACAGUGCCGACGCACAUCGACCGGCGCCCGCACCUGAAGAAGAGCCUGUUCCUUUGCAACCCGACCAAAGCGAACACCCCGAAUGGGAGAUCGAUUCCUCUCCCUACGAGUCGUCAGACUCCAGCAGUUCUGACUCGUCGUCCGAUGAUGACGACUCUGACAAUGAGGGCUAUGAACCUCUGGGCAUUGAAGAAACAGCACGGCUUCUGAUGGAGACAGAGGGAGGCUCUGAUGAUGAGGGAGACAGAGGCAAGGCUUCUGGGUCCGGAUACGUGCGUACAAAAAAUGAGCUUCCCGACGAAAUCAUUCCCAAGCCGGACGUUACAAUCACUCCCGAGAUGGCAAUCGAAGAGCUCGGUGUCAUAGAGCACAUCGUCGAGAAUAUCAUGCUGAUUAAAGCAUUUACCCCCGGAGAAUACCAAGUCUUGGACAGCGGAUCUGUCUUGUGCAAUGCAGAGAGGGUUGUCAUCGGGGCUAUCGCGGAGACCAUCGGCAAGGUGUUGCAGCCGAUGUACACGGUAAUGUUCAACUCAGCAGAAGAGGUGAAAGAGUUUGGACUGGAGGUUGGAACCAAAAUAUACUAUCCUGUCGAUCAUGCAUCAUACGUUUUCACAGAGCCUCUGAAAAAUCUCAAGGGCUCAGACGCCAGCAACCUUCACGAUGAGGAGAUUGCCGAUGAAGAAGUCGAGUUUUCGGACGAUGAGAAAGAGGCAGAAUACAAGCGAUCACUGAAGCAGAAGAAGAAGGACAAGUGGAAGAGCUCUGGCGGGAAGGAAGGCAAACAGCCUCACCCGUUGCGCCAGGAGAUGUCGGCAGAUGGCAGCUUGAACUACGAUGACGAGGAUGAUGGUCCGUAUAAGCCGCUGGCCCGGCCUGUUGGAUAUGGCGCGGGUCCCUCGUCGAUUGAGAACCAUGACCCUUCUGCAAGAUCAGGUUUCCCUAGAGGAGGCCGGAGAGGAGAUUCACGGGGUAGAGGUGGUCGCGGAAGAGGAUCCGGUCGUGGUGGGAGAGGAGGUUUCAGCCAUCCUAGGGAUGGAUACUCACUCCCUCCUCAAGGCAGUCAGAACCCUCAAUCAGCUGCACCUGCGGGCAGCUCAUGGAACUUCAACCCAGUUCUUCCCACCAACUCCGCGCCAGUUCCAUCUCUUCCUCAAUUUGGCUUCCCCCUUCCUGGCUGGCAACCACCAGCACAUGGUCAGCCAGCACCUUCUGCGGUACCGCCACCACCACCAGGCUGGCCAGGGUCAGCCCAAGGACAGGGCCAGGCGCCUAAUGGCGGAGCAUUCGUCAAUCCCGCAUUCUUUGCGGCCUUGAUGAGCCAGAUUCAGGCGCAAACUGGGCAGGCGGGGUGGAACGGCCAGGUCCCACCGCCUCCUCCGCCACCUCAGCAAUAG